UUACCUUCUCUCUGUCUCUCUCGCGCACGUCCCAUAGGGAACAAAAAGUUCUAUCUUGCUUAACUUAGGUUACUUGAGAGCGAUUAAAAGGAAAAUUUUCAGUAGGAGCAAGACGGUCCGAGCUCAGUGGAAUGGAGGAUCAUCAUCAUCACCAUCAAUACGGCAUGCCUGAUGAACUGCUCAGUGGAAGGACAACGAAUUUUCAAGCAAUUCUACUUCCACAAAUUCCUCCCCAGUUUUGCUCCUCCAGCCACCGGGAUCUGCCGCCACCACAGCAAUCCCAUCAUCACUAUCACUUUGAUACGAUGCCAACGGUGGGUACACAAAUCGGUGCUGAUCAGUUGAUGUGUAGUGGGCUUCAUCAAGAGUUCCCUUCAGAUUCUACGGCUAAUAACGUCAUUGCUACUGUCACUUCUACCCCAAGUGCCAGUUGUGGGUUUGAUGGUGAAAAAACUGGGAGGUGGCCUAGGCAAGAGGCUUUAACACUUGUUGAGAUCAGAUCUCGCCUUCAUCCAAUGUUCAAAGAAGCUAAUCAAAAGGGUCCUUUGUGGGAUGAAGUUUCCAGGAUCAUGUAUGAAGAAUAUGGAUAUCGAAGGAGUGAGGAAACAUGCAAGGAAAAAUUUGAAAACUUGUUCAAGUAUUACAAAAGGACUAGGGAAGUGAAGGCCGGAAGACAUGAUGGCAAGCACCAUAGAUUCUUUCGACACCUUGAAGCUCUAUAUGGAGACACCAGCAGUUUCUCGUUUCAUAAUACUCUCAAUAGCCAUUCUCAAGCAAAUCAUGAGCUCUCUCACUCUGACGGAAAGCACUGUGAUAGUUUUAGCCUCUCUAAUUCCUCUGGAUUCGACACUUACAACUCAGAUGACAAUGAUUUGAUCACUGCAGAGGCAUUGAAGAGGAAAAGGAAAAAGGGUAGUAGUGCGAGAUGGAAGGUGAAGAUAGAAGAGUUUAUGGACUCCCAGAUGAAGAAGUUAAUGGAGAGGCAAGAGGCUUGGAUAGAGAAGUUGAUGAAGACUCUUGAACAAAAGGAGAAAGAGAGGGUAUCAAGGGAGGAAGAAUGGAGGAAAGAAAAUGCAGCCAGGCUUGAUAGAGAGCACAGAUUUUGGGCUAAAGAGAGAGCAUGGAUUGAAGCUCGUGAUGCAGCUUUAAUAAAAGCUUUACAAAACCUGACAGGAAAAAAAUUUAAGGGCGACGAUCUGAUAGCAACUGAAUCUGUUAAGGAAGAUGGCUGGCAAGAAUCUGAGGUUUCAUGGCUUAUACAGCUGAGAACCUGCAUGGAAUCAAGGUUCGAAGAAGAAGAAGGGUGUUCCGAAGAGAUUCUGUGGGAGGAAAUAGCUGCUAAGAUGACCUCCUUAGGCUUUGAGAGGAGUGCUUUGAUGUGCAAACACAAAUGGAAAAGCAUUGGUGCUUGCCUAAUGAAAACCGAGGGUAACAUAAAACGCAAGAGCACUAGGUGCAGUGAUUAUGAUUAUAGGAACAAUGUGUCCCUCUAUAGCGAAGGAGAAUACUGUGAGACAAACUUGUGGGAGACCCAUGGUUUGAAGCUCAGCAAAUCUAAAAACCAGUAA